CAACAGCGAGCACAGGCGAAUGAACGAAUUCUUCCCCCGAAAUUUGCUAGCUAGCUAGCAAGCCACUCCACAAAUUAAAUAAGAAUAUCGCAGCAACCCAUCCACCCGACCCUAAUGCAGGAGCUUAGGCCAGACUGACUGGGAGAUGGGAAUACUAAAUAUAACAGACCAGCCUCCACUGGUCCAGGCGAUAUUCAACCGAAAUAUAGAAGAAGUGACGUUUUUGUUGCACACGAAUGAAGAAGUCAAUGCACUGGACCAAGAUCGCCGUACUCCCUUACAUGCUGCUGCUUGUUUGGGCGAUGUUCACAUUAUGGACCUCCUCAUUAAUUCAGGUGCUAGUGUUAACGCUAAGGACCAAGGCUGGCUGACACCCCUGCAUCGGGCAGCAGCCUCACGAAACGAAAAGGCCCUGGCACUCUUGCUGAAGCAGGGGGCGGAGGUCAACGCACGGGACAAAUUCUGGCAGACACCACUGCAUGUGGCUGCCGCUAACCGGGCCACACGUUGUGCUGAGGCACUGAUACCUCAUCUUAGCAGCCUGAAUGUGGCUGACCGUUCUGGCCGGACGGCCCUACACCACGCAGCACACAGCGGACAUUUAGAGAUGGUGAAUCUGCUCCUGAACAAAGGGGCCAACCUGAGUGCCAGUGAUAAGAAAGAAAGACAGCCUAUUCACUGGGCUGCAUACCUGGGGCAUCUGGAGAUGGUGAAGCUGUUGGUGUCUCGCAGUGCUGAUGCCAUCUGCAAGGACAAGCGUGGGUACACCCCACUCCAUGCUGCUGCUGCCAGUGGCCAGAUUGAGGUUGUCAAGUACAUGCUGAGGCUAGGUGCAGAGAUAGACGAGCCCAAUGCCUUUGGAAACACGGCGCUCCACAUGGCCUGCUAUACAGGUCAGGAGGCAGUGGCCAGUGAUCUGGUGAAUCGUGGCGCCAAUGUGAACCAGCCCAACCACCGUGGCUGUACACCACUGCACCUGGCUGCUGUCUCCACCAAUGGAGCGCUCUGCCUUGAGUUGCUUGUCAAUAACGGUGCUGAUGUCAACAUGCAGAGUAAAGAAGGGAAGAGCCCUUUGCACAUGGCCGCCAUACAUGGGCGCUUCACACGUUCCCAGAUCCUCAUCCAGAAUGGUGGGGAGAUCGACUGUGUGGAUAAAUAUGGCAAUACCCCUCUUCAUGUUGCUGCUAAGCAUGGCCAUGAGCUGCUGAUCAGCACUCUUAUGACAAACGGUGCUGACACAGCCAGACAAGGAAUUCAUGGGAUGUUUCCGUUGCAUUUGGCUGUGCUCUACGGGUUUUCAGACUGUUGUCGCAAGUUACUCUCCUCAGGUCAGCUGUACAGCAUUGUAUCAUCUCUAAGCAAUGAGCAUGUGCUGUCAGCCGGUUUUGACAUAAACACACCAGACAGCAUGGGGAGGACCUGCCUGCACGCCGCUGCCUCUGGAGGAAAUGUUGAAUGUCUUAACUUGCUAUUGAGCAGCGGUGCAGACUUGAGUAAAAAGGACAAAUUGGGAAAAGCUCCUUUGCACUACGCUGCAGCCAAUGGGAGCUACCAGUGCACAGUUGCCCUGGUGAGUGCUGGCGCUGAGGUGAAUGAGCUGGACCAGAAGGGAUGCAGCCCCUUGCACUAUGCCGCUGCCUCACAGACCUUCCGCCGAGUGGACAGACAUUACUCUGCCAACAGCCAAAGUGAGGAGAGGGAAAAGGAGGCUUUCUUUUGUCUAGAGUACCUGUUGGAUAACGGGGCUGACCCAGCUCUGAGGAACAGCAAGGGUUACAGUGCGGUCCACUAUGCAGCUGCCCAUGGCAACAAGCAAAACCUGGAGCUGCUGCUGGAGAUGUCCUUCAACUGUCUGGGAGAGGUGGAGAGCAACGUUCCAGUCAGUCCUUUGCACUUAGCCGCAUAUAAUGGUCACUGUGAGGCACUGAGGGUGCUGUCGGAGACGCUGGUCAGUCUGGACGUGAGGGACAUGGGCGGUCGCACAGCCCUCUACCUAGCUGCUCAGAGGGGCCACGCCCAGUGUGUGGAAGUGCUACUGGGACAAGGGGCCUCCUGUUUGCUGAAAGAGUAUAGACGCAAGUGGACCCCUCUCCACGUCGCAGCUGCCAGCGGCCAGACGGAGUGCCUGCUCAAGCUCGUCAACAGAGGAGAGAAGGCUGACGUCAUCGACAUGACGGACGUACAGGGACAGACGGCCCUUAUGCUGGCAGCUCUGGGAAGUCACACUGAUUGUGUACACAUCUUGCUGGAGAAAGGUGCAAGUCCUGAUGCCACAGACAAAAAGGGCCGCACUGCCCUACACAGAGCUGCUGUCAUGGGCAGUGAGGAUUGUGUGUCGGCCAUAUUGGAGCAUGAAGCCUCUGCUCUGUGCAGGGACUCCCGGGGGCGGACCGCCUUGCAUCUGGCUGCGUCUUGUGGCCACACUGAGCUGCUCCGCAGCCUGCUGCAGGCAGCCACAUGUGCAGACCCCCUGGACUACCUGCUGGACUUCAGUGGUUACACACCGUCCCACUGGGCCGCCUACCACGGACAUGAGGACUGUUUGGACAUUUUACUUGAACACAAACCAUUUAGUAUCCAGGAAGGAAACUCCUUUACCCCAUUGCACUGUGCUCUAAUAAAUGGCCAUGAUGGUGCUGCUGAAAUACUACUUGAGACAGUUGGAACUCAGAUGGUUAACAUCAGAGAUCCUAAAGGAAGGACCCCUUUGCAUGCUGCUGCCUAUUCGGAGAGUGUUGCAGGCCUUCAGCUGGUCUUGGCCCAGGGGGCAGAGAUCAACGCUGUGGACCAAUCAGGACGCUCCGCCCUCAUGGUUGCAGCUGACAAUGGACAUACCGCAGCCGUCGAAAUCCUGCUGCACCAGGCCAAGGCAGAUCUAACCCUGCUGGAUGCCAGCGACAACACAGCCCUCCACCUGGCCUGCAGCAAGGCCCAUGAGAUGUGUGCCCUGUUAAUCCUGGGAGAGAUCAGUGAACCCUCCCUCAUCAAUGCAACAAACACUGCACUGCAAAUGCCCCUUCAUAUUGCCGCAAGGAACGGUCUGGCCACAGUUGUGCAGGUGCUGCUCAGCCGAGGGGCAGCUGUCAUGGCGGUGGAUGAGGAGGGCCACACCCCAGCACUAGCAUGUGCUCCUAAUAAAGAUGUGGCUGACUGCCUGUCCCUGAUCCUCUCCACCAUGAAGCCUUUCCCUCCCAAAGAUGCCAGUGCUGCUGCUGUCGCUGCCUCCCACUUCAGCCUCAACUUGCUGAAGCACUGUAGCAUCGCCGCCACCUGCGGACCUCUACCCAACGGCAACCUGCGUCACGCCUAUGCCAAGGACCACAACGGCACCAUCGGCCUCGACGGCUGCCUCACUGAGUGAGAGGAAUCCCCAGCUCCCAUAGUCCCCUUCUUCUACCCCUCAUGUCUCUUAAAGCUCCCUUUAGGAUCAACAGUGAUCCAGGGGGAUCUUCCACUCCUAAAACACACAAGAGCAGGAAUAUACUUAGAUUCACAUGCGUGUGUGUCUGUAUAUGCGUGGGUCUACCUGUGUGUUGAUUACUCCCUGAUGAGUGCAGUCAAACCUAUAUGCAAUUUUUUGCCUCCUAUGUGUUGUUUGUCUGGGGCGAGGGUAAUCUCAGAUGCUCCCCUUCAUGGUGCAGAAGAACGCACAUCACUAAUUGAUCAUUUGUAAUUGCUCCAUUCUUCUGAGAUGGUCUUCAAAAGUUGUGUAUCCGUUUGGUUAGAUUAACAAAUGCACUUAGUAUGUGUGACUGACACCUAUGGAUCAUAUACUAGGUUUAGUUUUAUGCUGAAAUCUAAGUCCAUUUCUAGUUGACUGUUGAUAGAGGAAUUUACCAAAAGAAAACCCCAAUACAGUGAGAACACUGACUUCACAGGAAGAAAAUAUGCUCCACCACUCAACUAGAAAUGUAUUCUCCUUUAACUAAAUGGUGCAAUAUUCAGCUAUCCUCUUGUUCUUGGCCUCUCUUUAAAGACAAUUUCAUAGUUAAAAUGGGAGGAAGAGAGAAAGAUUGGUUUGACUGUACAGGGAAGUGUUUGAAGAGUUAGUGCUCUGAAGAGAACCCCCAUAUAUGAUUACUUGCUAGUGUUCACACACCUAGGGUUUGGACCCUAAAGGUCACCGAAAUAUACCUUAUUGGCUCAGGUGAUUUGUUAUGCACCUUUCAGGUCUGGUGUCUAUGAUUAACAAUGCUUGCCUGCAUAUAUGUGGAGGAGGAUCAAACUGUUUUGGUAAUUAGAAGUUAUUUAUAGGUUUUAAAAUGAAGAGUAAAUACAUCCACAAUACAUGACACAAGAUAUUAUAGAGACAAGAUUAGUUUACAAGAUGAAUGAAAAGGACAAAGCCUCCUUGGGUUUUCUACAUAAUCUCCCUCCUAAAUUCACAUGAAGAUGUGGGUCUGCUCAAACCCCACUUCUAUUGUUGACAAUUAACUGCAAUUGACUACGAUAUAUUUGCAGCAUAAGGUGUGUCUUGAAAGUUUCUAAACAAUUAAAACAUGUUGUGCCUAUGAAAAACAGAGAAUUACUGAGGGGGGAAAAAACGGACCCCAUGUUCUCUAUCCUCUGACCCAGCACCUUAUUCCUGAUUGUUUGAGCGUUAAUAAGAGAACAAUUCUAGAGCGACAUUUAUAAAACAAUACAACCCUGAUUCAAAAAAUGGGAGAAGCACACAUACUGGUGAUGAAUUGAUAAGCUAUAUUAUUGUUGUGUAUUUAUGUUGUUACUUGUUUACGCAAUCUCAACAACAGAUUAAUUAGUCAAUUAUAGUUGCACAAAAAGAGCCAUACAUCUAGUAGGAAAGUGAAAGUGUUGUCAAUAUAGCUGCUAAAAUAUCGCCUUUCUUUUUUAUGAAUUCUAUUCAGUUUUCAUAAAUGUAGAUCUUCGUUGUGUUUUUUUUAAAUCAGAAGCAAUAUUCACACAGCAUUUAACUUAUUUUAUUUUUAACUGUUGUCAUAAGGUUUUUGGUAUUUUUACCUAAUUAAGAAGUAACUAAAAGGUUUUUGAAGGGAUUUAUUUGCACUCUACCUCCAAAGAUGAAAUGAAAGUGUUUUCAAUAGGAGUGCAUAGAUUUGAUCAGCAAUCUACCAAAGGUUCUGUUUUGAAAUCUACUGUCCUUCCAAGGACACAUUUUUACUUGUUUUGUUGUUUUGUCAUUUUUUCUUGUCAAACAGCCAAUGAUGUUGAAAAUAAUGAUCCUCUAUUCUUCAUUCAGUGGGCAUGUAAUGUAAGCUCUCAACCGUUAAAAUCUAAUUUUGGCAAGUAGAAAAGGUCAAAUGUCUUAUCUUAUGACAUUUCAUUUUGACUCUUCUAUUAUUUAUUUCAAGCUUUAAGAAUUCAACUUAUUGACCUCACUUUUUUCAACUCUACAGAUUUAACCGUUUUUAUUGACUGAAAUGGAUGGAAUUCGUCAUUUGUGCAUCAGCUUAAACUAUUUUGCAUUACAAUUUGUCUCAAUUCACUACCAGUUUAGCUUGUCGCUAUUGGCGAUGAUCGUCUUCUAUUCUGUUUUGAAGAUUUCUUAAAACGGAAGAAGACAACUUGCAGUUCAAAAUAAUUAAAUUUGACAGUAUUUAACCCUAUUCAUCAACCUUUUAUUGAUUGGGAACUUUAAACACAGAUGUAUUUGCCUCUAAAGUCCUGGCUUGUGAUGAGCCUCAGUGUGUAUGCAGCUUCAUCUUUCACUCAAUACGUAGGGUUAGAGUUAGAAUCAUUUAAAAUGUACAAAGUUCAAGAGUUCAAACUUUUUUUUUUUUCUUGUCAAUCUAUAGUUCCGUUAGUCUAUAUAUUUCAGUUCAAUAGUGCUCAAGGUGCAGAUUGUUGGAGAUUCUCUAGUAGCAAAAACAUUGUCUUGGGGUAUUGCUAAAAUUGGAAAUUGUGGUUAUUUAUGGAUGGCAAAUUUUGUAACUUUUUGAGAAGACAAUCAGUUUAUUAUCACAAGGGCUCUUAAAGUUGUCUGAAAUGCUCCCUAUUUCACUUAUUUUUAAAGUAUGUGUGCUUGCUUCCAUUUAUCCCCUGCAACAAAAGCAACAUUAUAGUUGUCUUGUGGUGGAGUUACCAGUAACUCAGAGAAGGCAAGUAACUCCACUGAAAACCUAAAACCUCUUAGUUCCUUUGUUGUAAAUUCUUAUGACAUGCCCCUGUCUUAUCAGUUAUGCAAUUUACCCUAGAACUGUUCUCUUUAAAUGGAUUAUCAGUAACAUUUAGGGCAUCUCUGUAGAUGUACAUACUAGUCAAAAUGAAUAACACUGAUGCAUCCAUUUCUUGAAUCAUUGCAACUUGAGAUUCAUUGGUCCUGGUGCAUUCAAUCAUAGGGCUAGGAAGGAAUUGAGCUUGGAAAGAAAAAGAAUUGUUAAACUACAAGCUUACAUUGCACCUAUUUUGUGGCCAGUACUUGUAUUCCACAAGGUACUAAAUAUCAACAUCUAUGAAAAUGUAUUAUAUACUCAAUGACCAUUACAUGAUAUAGGAAUAGCAAAUGCCAAAACCAGUGUCAUUGUUGUUCCUCAUGUUUAUACUACUAUAAUACUGAAAAUGAUUGUAUUAAGCUACCUGAACUUUGUGGCAUUUUACAUAUAAGCCUUUUUUAUAUGAUGUCAGAGACUGCUUAGUUCAAUGAAGUGAGAUCACCUCAAGUAAUAAGCCAUUCAAUAAUAGCAUUCUUAUCCACAUUCAUGGGUGGCUUACUGUGUUGCAUAUUAUUUUUAGGUUAGUUAUAAGACUUGCAACUAACGACAACAACUUGAUUCUAUUAAUUUCCCCCCGGAUAUUGUGAAACAUUUCAUUGUCCAUGGCUCCAGAGGAACAUAUGGUAGUUUCUGAUGUAAAAUGUAAUUCCUUUUUGGAACAAAUAUCUUAGCAACGGGAGAUCCUUAACAAGUAAUUGGAUGCCAAAAUACUUAAAAACAGAAGAUAAAGCUUAGUUGAGGGUUUUGAUAAACUCCACAACCGGUUUCGCCAUUUUAUUAUUUGUUACCUCUCCUCACUCUGUAUUAUUAUCGAUUUUCAUUGGUGCAGCAAGAACAACACAACUUUUGGGACAAUUUUCAUUCAUUCUUGACCCCAAAGCACUUAUUUCAUGAAUAAGCACUUUUGUAUAUUUAAUAUCUCUAUAUGUAUAUGUGUAUGUAUACAUAUGUUACCUAUGUAGAUAUUAACUUAUAUGUAGGAAUGUUUGUAUCAGAAGUAGUGGGACGAGAGCAGAUCUGGUGAAAUGGUGAUCCUUUACCCAUGAUCCUCAUGAUGUCGUGUGUGAAUGCAUGUGAGCAAGAGUGAGAGAGACAUUUCCUUUUAUGGGAGGGAAAUCUCUCUUUGAGGCUCAAAGGGGGGCAGUCAAACAUUUGAGGUUGCACUUUGGUGUGCGCAGCACAUUUAAAUACAUUUCAGACUGAAAACAAUACUUGCACUGCCUUUCUGUACGUUGCCAAAUAAACGGGACAACAAUUAGAACAACAUUUUGAUUUAAGAAUAUUUCAACUGAGCCAUAUUAGUCAAUUGCUGACAAACAAAAGUGAAUGUAUGGUUUAAAUAAGGAAGGGGUUUAAAUGAUGUUGUUGCACUGUUAAAACAAGUAGAAAUAAUGGAAAAGAAUGAAGGAUGAACUUAAGCAAACACAUUUCCCCCAGUUUCCUCAUUGAAUCAUUGUUCUGUAACUGUCAUCUUGCGUGAACUGCUAUACGGUCAAGUACCUGCAAUUUAUGGGAUGAAUUUUAAGGUAAAGUCAUUGUCAUUUGAGCCAUUGCAAGAUAUCAGCACACACAAUGGAUUAAUUUGCAUCAAAAGCUUGUGGAUUGCAUAAACUAUGCUUGUGCAUAGCACAAUGCCUUAUUUCUAGCAGCACAAGUCUCAAUCUAAUGUAUUUUUAAAAUAAUAAUUAGAUAAUUGCAUCUUUAUUUCCCCUAGUGCUUUCUUUCAACAGUUAACACUUGCUUACAAUUCUUCAGUCAGUAGCUAUAGAUGGAAACACUUUUUGAGAAUGCCUUACAAUACCUCUGAGUAACAGUGUUUUGUUGUUUUUGAAAAACUUUCUUUGCAGCACACUACAUUUGUGAAUGUGUCUGUUUUUGUUUUAUAUCAAAACCAUAUCAAAACUGUUGACCUCAAUUUUUAACAGAACUCCCCUGCUGUUAAAGACCCUCAAGUGCCGAAGAAAUUUCAAUUUUUCUGAUCACCCAAAAAAUAUUUUCAGUGAGAUUUGUCUCUUUUCAGUGUGUCAGCACAAAGAGAUUUACAACAUAUUUUUGAAUGGAAAAUAGGAGGUUUAACAAUAGUUUGUCCUUUUAUGGGGUUUUUCUGUCUUAAUACAGGCUAUUGAACUAAAUACUGCAUCAGUCAGGCAGAUAUUACUCAUGCCUAAAUGGGACAGACAUUUUUCUUGGAUAAACAUUUUAUGCACAUUGUAAAGUAAUCUUUUUUUUCUAUUGGUAAUAAAUCCAUAAUUAAAUAACAAAUUGGAAUGAUUAUAUCUUGUAAUGGCUCAGAAGACUAUGGCCUCACAAUUAAAAGCUUCCACCUUAACAAACCAUCAGUUUUACAAAAAUAUAUAAUUAUAUCAUGAAUGUGCAUGCUGCAAGACUGGCCUAGUUGUAACAUUAUUGUUAUUUAUAUAAUUGUGUUGCUUUGCUGCAAAAAGCAACAGUCACACCUGAAAAGCAUGUUGGGUAAUUAAGAGUAAAAUUGAACCUACUGUAAGUUGUUUAGUACUGUAACGAGAUAUGAGAGAUGUUAGGAGAGACAAUACAUUGGAAAGGGAAUCAGAAAUUAAGCAUCAUUUUCUUUUCUCCCUAAAACUACAAUAAAGCAGGGUACUUGGAAUUUUGGGCAAUUUAUCGAAUGUUGUGCAGAAUUGUAUGGAUUAGGUGAAAUUAUAUGAAAAUCUAUAGUUUCACGUUCUAGUUGCAUAAUGAAGCUGCCUUUAACUUUGAAACAUUAAAGUUGGUCGAAAUGAAAGUAUUAGUUAAAGAAGGAAUAUUGCCAUGCAAAUUUAAAUGAAAAUAGAUACAUUUGGGGAAUGUGUGCUGGGUGGUUUUGUUUUGUUACAGUAUAGUAGGGGAUGUACAACCAUGAGCCAUGGUUGUGGUCUCCAGUCCUCUGGGAUAUUUAUCCCAAUUACCUCUAGGACACAGGUGUCCUUCAUUACUUGAAAACUCAUUGGAUUAAGGUGAGAGCUAGACAGCUUUUUUUGUUGCGUCUUUAACUCCCAUUUAAAGGUAUUUCAUGAUUAUAACAUAAUGGCUUGCAUGACUUUUCUCAUGUAGCCUAAUGUUAAUUUCCUUUAGAUGGAAUUUAUUGUGAUAGACUAGUCUCUUAUUUUUGUGCAUUCAAUGGCUUAUUAGCUGUACAAUUCCCUUGUUAAACACAUUUACUCUUAAAAAAGAAAAAUAAUAAGAAAAAAAAAUACAUUUUUAUUGCCCCUUUUUCAGCUUUGUUUAUAGAGAAAGACAGGAAAGAGAAAGAGGAAUACAUGCAGGCAAUGACCCGGGCCGGAAUAAAACCAAGGCCCUUGCGUCAAGACCUUAGCCUUAGUGGUAUGCGCUCUUCCCUGGUGAGCCACCGGGGAACCACACACAAAUUUACUUGAUCCACACUCCACUUACUUAUUUUUUAAAUGUAUUUCUCAAGGAGUAACCAUUGUUCUUAUACUCUUAAUCUCUAUUAAUCUUAUCCAAAACAAAUUGAAAGUGUGUAAACAAAUAUAACAUUCAGUAUACUUUGCACCAAUUUAAAGAGUAUUUUAAUCUCUUGAUACAAUAGUUUAUUUGUCCUACAUGUCACGAUUUGCAGGUUCACAUACAGUGACUUGAAAGAUGUCACUGUUGCUAGACUAAGUUAUGAAUUGUAGUGCUCCAUGAAAACUGGUGUUAACUUAUCUUUUUUUCCUUUUACAAUAGUUGUCUUCUUUUAAAUACUUCAGGGACAUUAAUGCUACCACAGCAAGUGCUUUGCAUUUCUAUAAUUUCUUUUUUUAAAGGGCAGUUAAUCAGUACCUCCCUCAAUCCAAAUAGACUAUUUAUGAAGGGAAUGCAUGCCCCUAGAUAGACAGCUUUCUUUAGUGGGACUACGCUUUACUAGACAAGCCAUAAUUUGGCAUCAAGCAACUUACCUCAAAAUAUUGGUGUCGUGCAAGGAUUUUACCCAAAUCAAUAUAUCUUUUAGAUAUAUUGUACCUCAUUGGAGAGUAAAUGUCAUGUGAUACAUAUGCAACGUAACUUUUCUUUCAUGUUUAAUGGUUGCUUCAUGACCUUACACAGUUGUUUAUAUCUACUACAAUAUGUAUUGGAUGGAAAAUAAGAAUAGUUUAUAGAAUCAAAUGACAUCCACUACAAAAAUGCCACAGUAUAAGCAACCAAAGGAGAGAGAUGUUUUUCAUAUAAUGUUGUUUCACAUCAUAAAGUACCUUAUUUACUAGAGUUGUGCACAUUUUUAUGUAUACUGCACAUGUAAGUCUAGCUGCUCUUUAACAGGGAUUUAGUUUGGUUUGUAGAUACUGUAAGCUGAAUAUUUGUGUGCAAAAUGUUAACUGAAGUAUACUCAGCCUGUGCAUACUGUCUUGCUUCAUCAGGAAUCCAUUUAACAAAUGUAGAACAAGUAGUUUCCAAUCACGUAACUUUUAAGGCAAAACGGUCUUCCAUCCACGCCAACUAAAAGCCUUAUAGUUGAUCAAUUUGAGGGCACCUCCCAGACACACAACUAUAACAGACAAGGGUGUAAGAUGUCUUCACUAUGGUUAUAUACAGUAUAACACAUAAACAUUAAUUUGAUAAUUGGCAAAAUAUAUUUUGGAAGCACAUAUCCAAAUAAUUACUUUUGCUCUUAUCAUGAACUUCUUCUGGAUGUCUUUAUUAUAAUUAGUUUUCUAUGGUUUGUUUCAUGCCUUAGUCUUGGUUGGCUAGCCAUAUUUGAAAGACUAGCCUUUGAAGGGACUUGACAGAUGUAAAACUAUAGAUCCAAGUUGUAGCUAAGAUACCAGGCGUUUGGUGCAAAUAAAUGUAAAAGCAAUAGUGACAAGUGCACUUUGGAGAGUCUUUGAAGCACAGCAUCACUAGAAUUCACAGCAAAUACAGGAAUUGUGCAUAGAUUGUUGAUUUCGAAUAUACAAAAAUUCAUUGUUAAUUCAAUUAGUAGGUUUAUACAUGUUUUACUUAAUAAUAUUAGAAUAAUGACAAAUUAAAAACGAAUUUAUCAAUGAGAAAAAUGAAGUUGUAGCUUAAACUGUUCAGUAGCUAGUUUUAUGCAACCCCUUGAAUUGGGCCUCUGCGUUUGUAAAUAGAUAUGUUUCCUGUAUUGUGAUGUAUUCAAAGUUUGUCAUUUUUGAAAUAACAUCAAUGCACUGGUUUUAGUUGAGAUGGUCAUAGAGGAUUGUAUUUUGUGUAUAGGAGAGAAUGAGUUGUUAUGCCAGAAAAACUCAAUGAAGAUAUUAUUAUUAAUAUAGUGUAGUGAGUAGGCAUAGAGUAUGUCUGCUGUUUAAUGUGUGUUUGUGUGAUGUUUUAGGUGUUAUCUGUUUGGUCCUCAUUAUGUCAAAAUAUGUUCAUUAAUAUGAGAGAACUAUGUGCAUGAAUUGCUGUCAGCAAAAAGGCAAAUAAGUAGUGUGUACAGUAGAUGUUCCAAUCUACAUAAUCACACUUUCCAAGUUUACAAAUAAGGUGAAUAAUAUAAUUUUUUAAUUGGUAAAACAAAAUACAUUCCCUUUUAAACACAAGUGAUGUUUGUUAGAUUUUGGUGCUAUGGUCUGUUAUAAUCUUUGAUUAGUCCUUACAUUUGCUUUAAUUAGAUUUUUUUAAUAUAUAUAUAUAUAUAAAACAAUUAAAUAUGGCAAGGUUGAUGACGUAUGAUACAGUGUCCAAAGUGAUAUAAAAGGUAAUACAAAUUAAAGGACCUGUGAAUGAAAUAAUUAACACUGUUAUAAACAAAAGCUUUUUAAGAGGUUGGCAGGAGACAGUCCUUUACGUUAACGGCCCUCUGUAUUAUUUUGAUUCUGAAAUAUAUGCUUAGUAUUCAAAGAGCAGAGGUAUCUUGGAUUGUUCGAAAUCACUGGAAAGUGUUAAUAAUUAUACAAUGGUUAUUUAAAUUUUGCCCAAUAGGCCAGCUAAGGAAGUUAUUGCACCUUAACUCUAUUCUUGCUACAAACUUUGAAUGAUUAUGCAGGCCACUUAAAUUUUAAAUGCAGUGUCUCCUUUUCGGUUCUACAGGAGGUACCUUCUUUCAUCCUGACUUUUGCUAGCAUGGAUGUAGGUUGAAACUAUUACAGGGUUGCAGUUCAGUGCUAAAAUCAUAUUUUGUCAUUUAAAGUGAGACUCUGGCAUAAUGACUGCCCACAUCAGUGUGAGCUGGAAGUAAACCUUCCAUGGUGCCCUACCCUCUGGCCUGACCAUAAAUUCAGGUGGUGCAAUGAGAAAAUGAACUGCUCUUUCAGGACCCAGCUUUUACUUGCCUUUUUGCACCUUUGGCUUCAUUAAGUAGGGAUUGGCAAAUGCUAGUUGAUAUUGAGCAUGUCUGCAUUUGGUCAUCGUAUAUAUUCCUUGGUUUAUAGCCUUAAGUUGCUCAUAGCAGAUGAGGCUUAUGUUGUGUUUUCAAGCAAGAGAUAGAAGUUUCAGAAAUAGGUUAUAGUAACAACCCAUAACAAGUUUUCUGCGUAACAAUGUCAAAUAAUCUUUUAAGUUCAAAAUCCAUGCUAUGUAAAUAGAUUAAAAUGUGACUUAGGUUUCCUACCUCCUUGAUACACAGCUGUCAGCUUAGCUCCUAACCACCUACUUCAUGUUUCAAAGAAUGAAAGAAAUAUGAAUUAUUUUAAUCAUAAGGGCAAAAGCUAAUGUGAGCUUGACUGCGUGUAUUUAUGUGAGUGUGCGUACAUGGAAGGAAAUAUGAUAUCACAACCACUGGAAUGUGAAGCCAAACUGUAUUAAAUUAAAUCAAAUCUCUUUUGAACCUCUAACUGUUGUAGCAUAAAUUAACCAUAACUGGGUACACAUUGGUUGUUAUUCAUACAUGUAGUGACAUGGUACUUUUUGAUUGAUUAUUUUACAUAACAUCCUCUUCAGUAUCCUUAAAUAAGUCUGCAUAUUUUUAAUAGAAAGGUGCAUUUUACAUGUGCAAGUUGAGCCAUACAUCUAAAGAUCAAGUUUACAACUGUAACUGUGUAUGAUUAUGAGAUUAACUAAAAAGCAACAAGUAACAAAUGCUCCUAUUUUAGUCUGACGAUGGGAAUAUGAUGCAUGUGGUGUUUAUGAUAGAAGGGAAAACUCAUCAUAUCCAGCCUUAAACCUUUCAGAAACUCUAGAACUUUGAUAAUUUCUGUCAACAUCUCGCCCCCAAUUUAAUAAACCUUUGGUAUUUGAUUAACGCAGAGGAAUGUGAGAUACAAUUAGUAGGGAGUGAGGAUAUUGGGGAGAUGCCCUAUACAUACUGUAUAUUCCCACCUCUGAACUAAUCUCCUACCUGUUCAUGGUUUUAUGAGACAAUGCAAUCUUUGAAAGCACUUUGCCUUGUUAGAACAUAAAUGUGCUGGUGAAUUGUUAAUUGUUACGUAUGUGUAAAAAGACAUGAUUAAACUAAAACAAAAUCUGUAGACCUUUCAAACACCAAGAAACCAAGGCAUCCUAUAAGAUUAUUUUAUACAAUGUAUGCUGCAGCCUAUGAGUCCUGUCAUUUAGUGUUGUGG